UCUCUCUUUCAUGACUUGUCUCGCAGAUUCGAACAUGUCGCAACCUUCCACCACUGCCAGUGCCGACGAGGCACUGGCCCGAAUGGGCUACAAGAAUGAACUCCCUCGGAACCUGAGUAUGUUGAGCAUCCUGGGUUUGUCAUUCGCCAUCAUGGCUGCCCCCUUCGGGCUGAGCACGACCUUCUACAUUACCCUCGCCGACGGCCAAUCCGUCACCAUCCUCUACGGCUGGGUAGCAGUCACCCUGAUCUCCAUCGCCAUCGCUGCAUCCCUAGCAGAGAUCUGCGCCGUCUACCCAACCGCCGGCGGCGUCUACUACUGGAGCGCCAUGCUCUCCACCAAAGAAUGGGCCCCCCUCAUGUCCUUCAUCGACGGCUGGCUGACCCUCGUCGGGAACUGGACUGUGACGCUGAGCAUCACCUUCUCCGGCGGCCAGCUCAUCCUCAGUGCUAUCUCGCUCUGGAACAAGGAUUUUGUGGCCAAUGAGUGGCAGACGGUGCUGAUGUUUUGGGCUGUCAUUCUUGUCUGCGCGUUGGUGAAUAUCUUCUUCUCUAAGUACCUUGAUCUUAUCAAUAAGGUAUGUAUCUUUUGGACGGCUGCUAGUGUGGUUAUUAUUCUGGUUACGGUGCUUGUUAUGGCCGAUCAUCGACGGGAUGGUGCCUUUGUUUUUGGGCAUUAUGAUGCUUCGUCUAGUGGUUGGCCCGCCGGCUGGGCAUUCUUUGUCGGCCUCCUACAAGCUGCUUACACGCUCACCGGGUAUGGGAUGGUUGCAGCCAUGUGUGAGGAGGUCCAGAAUCCUGGCCGUGAAGUUCCCAAAGCCAUUGUCCUCUCCGUCGUCGCCGCAGGCGUCACGGGCCUAUUCUAUCUGGUCCCGAUCUUGUUCGUCAUGCCGUCCGUCAAGGAGAUGCUGAAAGUCGCCAGCGGCCAGCCCAUCGGGCUCUUAUUUGAAACCGCCACCGGCUCACCAGGCGGAGGAUUUGGCCUCCUCUUCCUCAUCCUCGGUAUCAUGAUGUUUGCCGGCAUCGGUGCCCUGACAGCAGCUAGUCGCUGCACCUGGGCUUUUGCUCGUGACGGUGCCAUCCCCGGCUACCGACUCUGGCGCAGAGUGAACAAGCGCCUCGAUGUCCCCGUGUGGGCCGUCAUUCUCUCAGCAGUGGUCGACUGUCUACUCGGAUUGAUCUACUUCGGGUCCAGUGCCGCCUUCAACUCCUUUACGGGCGUUGCGACCAUCUGCCUUUCCACCUCGUACGGUCUGCCGAUCCUCAUUUCCAUUCUGCGCAGACGUGAGGCAGUCAAGAAUUCCACCUUCUCUCUCGGCCCGUUUGGCUACGCCAUCAACAUCGUGACUAUCCUCUGGAUUAUCCUGGCGGUGGUCCUCUUCUGCAUGCCCGUGACUCUCCCCGUCACGCCCUCAUCCAUGAACUAUGCCAGCGCCGUGUUUGCUGGAUUCGCGGUUAUCAGUAUUGCAUGGUACUUCAUCCAUGCGCGGAAGGCGUUCAAGGGACCUCCCGUCACGGCGGAGGAGGUUGGCGUGGUAGUGUCUGGAAAGGCUGUUGUCGAUCCGGAGAAUGCAUCAGGAGACGUGCUUAGCAGUACAGUUGAGCCUAAGAAGACCUUGUUCGGGGAGUGAUUGUAUAUAGAUCCUACAGCUUAUAUACCAUGUUAAUUUCCAAUACCUGAUAAGAUGGUAA